AUGUGGUAUACCGUGAGACACCGGGCUCAGUUAGUCCACCACAGUGUGAGCCCUGUGUAUGUUCUGCAGGUGGAGAAGCGUCUGGAGCUGAUCAAACAGGUGUCCCACAGCACACACAAGAAGCUGACAGCAUGUCUCCAGGACCAGCAGGCAGGGGACACAGACAAGAGAUCUGUCAAGACUCCUUCGAAAAAACUACCCCUCACAUCACUGGCACAAUGUCUUGUGGAGGGAGCAGCAGUGCUGGGGGACGACUCUCUUCUAGGGAAGAUCCUAAAGUUGUGUGGGGAGACACAGGACAGACUGGCCCAGGAGCUGCACCUCUUUGAACUACAAAUGGAGAGAGAUGUCAUAGAGUCACUUUAUGUGCUCGCAGAGGUGGACAUACCCAACAUCCAGAAACAAAGGAAACAUUUAGCAAAACUGGUCCUGGACAUGGACUCCGCACGCACACGGUGGCAUCAGUCCUCAAAAUCAGCCACUCUGUCCAGUAACCAACAGCCCUCAGGGGCCAAAGCCGACACCCUCAGAGAGGAGAUGGAGGAAGCAGCCAAUCGCAUGGAGAUCUGCAGGGAUCAACUUUCAGCUGACAUGUACAGUUUUGUGGCCAAAGAGAUGGACUAUGCAAACUAUUUUCAGAUGUUAAUUGAGGUUCAGGCAGAGUAUCACAGGAAAUCAUUAGAGCUUCUCCAGAAUGUUCUUCCCCAGAUCAAAGCGUACCAGGAGGCCUGGGCAGAGAAGCCAUGCUAUGGGAAGCCGCUGGAGGAGCAUUUGUCUCUCAAUGGCAGAGAGAUCGCUUUCCCCAUUGAGGCCUGUGUCACCAUGCUGCUGGAAUGUGGAAUGCAGGAGGAGGGUUUGUUCAGGGUAGCACCAUCUGCGUCUAAACUGAAGAAAUUGAAAGCAUCUCUGGACUGUGGGGUCUUAGAUGUGCAGGAGUAUUCUGCAGACCCUCAUGCUGUCGCUGGUGCCUUAAAAUCAUAUCUACGAGAACUGCCAGAACCACUCAUGACCUUUGAUCUCUAUGACGAAUGGAUACAAGCUUCCAAUAUUCAAGAUCAAGAUAAAAGACUUCCGGCUCUUCUACUGGCAUGUGAGAAACUGCCAAAGACCAACUGGAACAACCUCAGGUACGUCAUCAAAUUUCUGGCAAAGCUGACUGAGCAUCAGGACACCAAUAAGAUGACUCCAGGGAACAUCGCCAUUGUGUUGGGCCCCAACCUGCUAUGGCCUCACAUGGAAGGGAACAUCACAGAAAUGAUGACUACAGUAUCCUUGCAGAUUGUGGGGAUCAUAGAACCCAUCAUCCAACAUGCUGAUUGGUUCUUCCCAGGAGAGAUUGAGUUCAGCGUGACAGGGAACUACAGAAGUCCCAUGUAUACAAACCAUAAUGCCAACUACACGAUGCCAAUGCCAAGCUCAGUGCCCUCCCCUGAUAUGGAACGUGCUGAGCAGAAACAGCAAGACCAGAACCGACGCCCACUCAGCGUUGCCUCCGACAACAUGAUGCUGGAGUUCUAUAAGAAGGAUGGCAUCCGGAAGAUCCAGAGUAUGGGAGUCAGAGUAAUGGACACCUCCUGGGUGUCACGUCGUGGCUCCUCGUCGACACGCAAGACUUCCUCCACACCCCCAAGCGUGCAAUCUCCUGUCCCCCUCUCGGACACACUCCCCCAAGACCAGCCGGCUGAUGUCUGGAUGUCCCCAGCCCCCACCCCACCUCCCUCUAGCUGUGACAGGGCCAGCUCUGACGACGUGUUGGAUUCCUGUUACGUCUGCCCCUCCCCUGAGGAGGAACAUCCCCCACCUCCUUAUCUUCAUUCUUCCUCUUUCUCACCGUCCCCCUCUUUUCACCCCACCCCUCGUGUCUACCCCAGAGCACGACCCUCCACUCCAGGACACAGAUCUGUGUCUCCUGGCCCCUCCCCUCCGCCCCGCUGCUCUGACUACAGCCCCCCACCCCUCCCCUUAUCCUCUGCGUCCCUCGAUAUAAACUCCAACCCUAAACCUAGUUAUCUGCACCUCCCCAAACAGGGCUCCCUCCCUGAGGGCCCCUCUCAUGCCUCCUCACUCAAAUCUAAUCUGCCCCCUAUAUAUAUCAAACCCCCUCUCAUGCUGGCUUGCCACACUCCCCCUCUGAGCUCUUCCCUAAACUUCAGCCCUCCCUCCCCACUGCCCUGGGAUGCCUAUGUGUGUAACAGAGAGAGAGGACUCAGGCUGACUAGCACGCUGAAGAACAAGGAGUUCUCUCCUGUGAUUGGUCAGAAAGACAUUCACACAACAGCACCCUCUAGUGGUUAUGCACAACCAUCCAAUGGACACAGCCCUCACACCCUCCGCAAAGUAUCCAGGAAACUGGCUCCCAUCCCUCCUAAGGGACCAUAUUCUCCAGCUGAUCCAUCCACAGGCCAGCCCUCUCCAGUCAGUCUCUCCCCGACCCCUCCCAGUACACCCUCCCCACAUGGGUUUAGCUACCCGCAGGGAUACAACACCAUCGCCUCCCAUGGCCAGAGCCAACCGGCAAGCACACCCUCCUCCCUCUCCUCACCUCCUCCACUCAUGGGCACGCUUCCCACAUGCCGGUCUACAUCAAAACCCCGCCAGAGACCCAGCCUGCUCCCUCCACAACCCCCUGGCACCCCCAGCUCCAGCCACCAGGCUCUGGACCACUGUGUCCUUGAUGGGAUGUCUCCUGGCGACAGCAUGUCUACAGAUUCUCUCUGUAACCUGGAUGUUCCUGUCAUAAAUAUUGAUCUGGAUGGCCUUCUGGAUGAGGCCUCUGGCUCGCCUUUCACAACUUCUUUGGCAGCGUCAGAGUGUCUGAGCAAAACCGAGUCUGAGGAGGAGUCAGAGAGUACAGUGCUAUGA